AUGAACAUUUUAAUACAAAAUUAAAAUUAGAAAUAAAAGUGUAAUUAAUUUAGGAUAAUAAUUAUAAACCCUACCUUUAUAGGAAUAAGAGAUUUUUAAUUAUUUCUAAUAAAUAGAUCAUUGGAUGAUAGGUGUUUUGAUAACAAUAUUAAUCCUUUUGAUGGAUGUUUUUCUAAUAAUUAUGAUUGUAUUUAAGGUUGUGGAUUUUGUAUAAAAGGUAUUUGUUAUGAUUGUAUGGUUGGAUGGGAAUUUAAUGAAUAAAUAGGCAUUUGUAUUCCUUAUUGUGGUGAUGCAAUUAUUACUUUUAAUGAGGAAUGUGAUGAUGGUAAUGAAAAUAUUUAUGAUGGAUGUCAUAAAUGCAAAUAUUCUUGUCAUCAUAACUGUAAAAAGUGCGAAUAUGGUAAAUGUUUGGAAUGUUUAAUUGAAUAUGAAUUGGAUUUUCAUAAAAAUCAAUGUAUUCCUAAAUGUUUAGAUGGAAUAAUAUUAUAUUAAGAAAUUUGUGAUGAUGAUAAUAGAAUUCAAUUUGAUGGGUGUUAUAAAUGUUAAAAAAGUUGUUAAAUAGAAUGUUUAUUUUGCUCUAGUAAUUAGUGCUAUCUAUGUCAAAAGGGUUGUCAACUUCAAGAAUAUUAAUGUAUAUAAAUCUGUGGAGAUGGGCAAUUAGCAAUCUUAUCCAACGAAUAAUGUGAUGAUCUUGAAAAUUCAUAUUGUACUAAUUGUAAGUAUCAAUGUGAUCCUUUCUGUGUGAUUUGUGAUAAGUUUAACAAUUGUGAUAUUUGUUAAUCUCCUUUAAUUAAUAUAGAUGGUAAAUGUUUACCAGUUUGUGGAGAUAAUGUUGUUACACCCCUUUUUGAAUAAUGUGAUGAUGGAAAUGAUAUUCUAUAUGAUGGUUGUUAUCAAUGUGAAUAUUAAUGCUCUUAUGGAUGUAUAAAAUGUGAAAAGGAUAAUCAUUGCGUAUAAUGUUAAAACUCAUAAUUCUUUUUAGAUACUCAAUCUUUUCAAUGUAAAACACUAUAAUCUUAUAUUGAAAUAAAACCAGAAGUGGAUGAAAAUAUUAAUAUAUAGUGUAGUUAAAAUUAAGCAUUUUUUAAUAAUUAAUGUAUAAAUUUAUGUGGUAAUGGAAUGUUUACUUCUUAUUUUUAAUUAUUUGUAAGUCCUUUGUUUUUAACUUCUUAGAUAAAUAAUUAUGAAAAUAAAGCAUGA